AUGGAUGCAUUUCAGAGUCAACAAAAAAUGGAACCAGAUUGUCAAGACAAUGGAGCCCCCAGUCAUGUUUCAGAUCAAGGCAGUGUUGGAACGAGAUGUCCUUUGUGCUGUGAAGACGGAGGAUUGGAUCUGUUGACAUCUGUGUUUCAAAUGUUGGAAAACAAAGAAUCGCCUAUAUACCGCCAGGAACCUCGUUUUGUCAAAGCAUUGGAAUUCUAUGCGAUGGAUGCUCAGACUCCCAUGCCUCCCAUUGAACCCAUCUCCGUCUUCUCUCCACUUCAUUCUACCGACCUUCGAAUUAUCCUUGGCGAGGAGAAUGCACACUUUGCCCAGUUAGUGGAUUCCCUCACACAGAUGGAGCUUGAUGCACUUCUUUCUUUUGUCGACUUUUUGAACUUGGAAAAGCUGAGGGACUAG